AUGAGACCAACCCUUGUGAGAUGGAAAGGGUUCACUUUACCCGCCACUUAUAAGCCCCCCCGCUCGUUGGUGAAGCAACUACCUUUGAAGCUCGCCUUCGACCGCUGGCUCAAACUGCUCCAGCCCCAGCGAUUGCAAGUGAUCCAAGACAAGCUUGUUAAGUUUAUGCUUCCUCCCACCAAUCCGGAAAACGAUGGUAUUAAACGGGGCCAGGCCCAGGUCGAUAUUGGCAAUGGUGAGUGGAUUAAUGAGAUUAAUUUCACCAUCGAGAACACUCCGGGCGCCCCGACAAAACAUGUGGUGUUUGUCCAUGGGUAUGGGGCUUCCCUCGGUUGUUUUGCUCGUAAUUUUCAGUUGAUCAACCGCUUCCGAGGCCGCAAACAUAACUAUACGGUGCACUUUCUCGAUAACAUCACUUUUGGCCUUUCAUCAAACCCCAAAGUGGAUAACCCAAAUCUUAACCGAUGGAACAUUAACAGGUGUGUUGACAUCAAACUUGACGACCCUGACCAGCCGACGGACACGUCUAAGCUCCACAAUAAGUACUAUAAGCUUAUUAAAGGGUACCUGGUAAACCCUCAAGAUUUUAAGGAAUACCAGGAGUAUUUCACUCCUAUCGUUAAAGACCUUGAAACCUUUUAUACUUCUGCCCUUGAUAAGUGGCGAGAACUGGUGGGGCUUGAGAAAAUCGAUUAUUUGGUGGGCCACUCCUAUGGGGGCUACUGGAGUGCCAGUUACGGCGUCCGCUACCCUCACCGGUUAAACAACUUGAUCCUCUUGUCUCCCGUGGGUGUGGAAAGACACGUCCAUGCUGUUACCAAUGAUACCAUCACUCUGGGCGAAGAAAUGACCCCGUCGUUGGACCCGGCGCUGUAUAAGUUUUUGACCCGUCUCCCCAUCCUUUCAGCGGCUACGAUGGAUCAGUGGUACUGGAAGGCCCCGUUCUUACCCCGAGUACUUAAACUUGGCGGGCCCUGGGGCUACCGCUACUACUACGACAUGUGGUACAAGAAGCUCGCGAAGAUCAACAAGCUUGUGGCCAAACACGGCGGCGCUGAGGCAGUAUACGAGAACCAUAACGACUUGGUGUAUGGUACCGAUAAAGAGGUGCUGAUGAUCAUCGACUACUUGUUCAACUCGGUGACUAAAGGCACUAAUUCGGACAUUUACAUCAAGAACCUAUUGACGCCCGCCAUCGUCAGUAAGUGGCCGUUGAUGGACAAGUACCGUGAUUUCUUGGAAAGUAAUCCUAAGGACAAGUUCAAUAUCCAUUUCGUUUACGGCCAGUACGACUUUAUGAACGGAGAGGCGGGGGAGAAGUUAAAGGACUAUAUUGCCAACCACGCCAAUUUCGACAAGCAAACGCUGUUGCUGAGGAUCCUGGAAGGCGGCCACAACCUCUAUAUUGACAAUCCUUUCCACACCAACCGGCUUGUGGCCGAGAUUGUCGCUGACGAUUGA